AUGGAAGUAGUUCAAGUGCUUCAUAUGAAAGGAGGAGUUGGAGAAACAAGUUAUGCAAACAAUUCUUUACUUCAGCAAAAGGUGUUAUCCAUGACAAAACCAAUCACAGAUGAAGCCAUAACUGAGCUCUAUUGCAGUAGCUACCCUGAAAGCAUAGCCAUCGCAGAUUUGGGUUGUUCUUCAGGACCAAACACUUUGUUUGUGGUAUCUGAACUUAUCAAAGUGGUGGACAGUAUUCGCCAAAAGAUAGGCCAAAAAUCCCCCGAGUAUCAAGUGUUUCUGAAUGACCUUCCGGGUAAUGACUUCAACACGAUUUUCAGAUCCUUGCCUAGCUUCCAAAGCAAACUGAAGAAACAACUUGGAGCUGGCAGCUUUUCAGAAACAAGAUAUCAGCAACCGUUUAAGAAUGAAAUUUGUAAUUUUAUGAGAGAACUAUUUGCAAUUCAGGUUCCUGAAGGGCUGGAAAGUAAUAAAGAGAAUAUUUACAUGGCUAGCACGAGUCCGGCAAACGUGCUUAAGGCAUAUUACGAGCAAUUCCAGCAAGAUUUUUCCUUGUUUUUGAAGUGUAGAUCAGAGGAACUGGUGGCUGGAGGGCGCAUGGUUUUGACAUUUUUAGGGAGAAAAAGUGAUGAUCCUUCAAGCAAAGAGUGUUGCUACAUUUGGGAGCUUAUGGCCAUGGCUCUCAAUGAUCUGGCGUUUGAGAUCAUUCCUGUGCUUAAUUGGAGUGAUAAUGAAAAAAAUGCAGGGACUCAUAGAAGAAGAGAACUUGACUCCUUCAACAUUCCUCAAUACACACCAUCUCCAACAGAGGUUAAAUCUGAGAAUGAAUUUGACUUGCCUGAUGCAUUCAAGGAUGGGGGCUACAAUGUUGCAAACUCCAUGAGAGCUGUGGCUGAGCCAUUGCUUGCCAGCCACUUUGGUGAAGCAAUCAUUUAA